AUGAAUGGAAAGUCAAAAGAUUUAUUGGAACAAGCAACAGCCCGAAUUUUGGCUGAGCAGGAAAAUAUCGAAACUGUUAAAGUUGAAGAUGAAUUAGAAAAAGAAACUUCGGCAAAGCAAAAACCCAAACUUAAGAGUUUAGAGGAAUUAAUGGCUAACAAGAUUUCUUUAAAUAUUCUCGAAUCUCAAAUAAAGGAUUUAAUAUUAAUCGUGUUUACCGAAUUUGCUCUUUUUGUCAAAAAACUGUUCAAACAGUGGCAAGUGAAAAAGAUGCGAAUCCAGAAAAUAAUUUAUUUAAUCGAAGAAAAGUUUGAAGAAAGUUUAAUUCAACAAAAAACCAUUGAAGAAAGGGAUGAUGAAAUAAAAACCAAAGAUGAAAUUAUUUUACAAAGAGAGCAAACUUUAACUAAUUUACAAGAAGAAAUCACCGAAAAAACCAACCGCAUCGCCCAAUUAGAUAAAUUAUUUAAAGGCACUGCUAAAAUAUUUUCUAAACAACAUAAUUUCGUUGACCAUUUAAAGGAAAAACUUAAAAAAGAACAAACUGAAAAAGGGAUUAGUGAAGAAAAAUCUAAACAUUUACAAGCUGAUAUUGAACAAUUAGACCAGCAAAAACAAAAGUAA